CUUUCUUUUUCUCCUGCGAUUUGAGAAGGUUAAGGACUACCCAAUCUAAAUCCAAGGGAGGGGUCGCAAACAAGGUGUUAACAAAAGAGGGCAGAUCUCGUUUUAUCUUUCUUUGCUUUCAGGCGAUUGACGGUCGACUUGGAUAAUCAUCGUGUCAAGGUUGUCUCAGAACGAGUCGUGAGAAAGUAUGACGACGGCUGCUAGACCGACAUGGGCACCUGCUAAAGGUGGUAACGAACAAGGUGGAACACGUAUAUUUGGUCCUUCUCAGAAGUAUUCCUCGAGGGAUAUUGCUUCUCACACAACUCUCAAGCCCAGAAAGGAUGGUCAGGACACCCAGGAUGAACUAGAAAGGAGAGACCUGAAAGAGGAGUUGGUGGAGCGUGAGCGGAGACACUUCUCAUCUAAAGACAAGGGUUAUAGUGAGGAUAGAGACCGAAGAAAAAGUGGUCAUCACCUACUGGAAGGAUCAAGGAGAGAAAUUGAGGACCGCAUUGUUCCACGCACUGCAGAUGCUGAUGAUGCUGAUUUAGACAUCAAAAGUGAUGAUGAAAGUGAUGAGGACGAUGAUGAUGAUGAUGAUGAAGAUGAUACAGAGGCACUUUUAGCAGAGCUUGAACAAAUCAAGAAGGAACGAGCCGAGGAAAAACUACGCAAAGAACGUGAAGAGCAAGAAGAGGAGCUUAAACUGAAAGAGGCUGAGUUGAUAAGAGGGAACCCUUUGCUUAAUAAUCCAACUUCCACUUCCUUCAAUGUUAAACGAAGGUGGGAUGAUGAUGUGGUGUUCAAGAACCAGGCUCGUGGAGAGACCAAGGCUCCAAAGCGCUUCAUCAAUGACACCAUUCGUAGCGACUUCCAUCGCAAAUUUCUUCACAAAUACAUGAAGUAAUAAUCCAUCCGGUUGCUAAUAUUCUUAAGAAUUUCUGCUUCCAGUUUGUUUGUUAUGUUUGUAUAAUGCUUGAUAGUGUUGAAGUUGCUAAUAUGGGAAGGAUGAUUCUAGUUGGAAUAGUUAUUAUUAAUGUACAUUUGCCCCUUGUGUUUCUUCAA